AUGGAUGACGGAUUCGAGGUUAUUGCGAAGAUACCAUAUCGCUUUACCGCUGCUACCCUAUGCUUCCUCCAUGCAAAAGGCAUCCCUGUGCCCCGGCUAUAUGGGUAUUCGUCUUCAGAGGAUAACCCUGUCGGUGUGGAAUACAUCCUAAUGGAGAAGGCAAAGGGUCUUGCAUCGAGCUUCGUUGAGAUUGAGAAGAAGUUCUUCAACAUUCCUUUUGGCUCUAUGGGGAGCCUUCACUUCAAAACGGACAUUAAGCAGGACCAUCAGGCUGCACUAUAUGCUCCCGACGUACCACACAACGAAGACUCUGAAGUAUUCUGUAUCGGUCCAACAGCGGAUUACAUGUUUUCGUACGGUAAAAGAGCCGCUCUGAAUAUUGAUCAGAACAACCAUAAAGUGUACCUAGCGUGUAUUGCUAGAAAAGAGGCUGAAUGGAUCCGCUGCUUUGGGAAACCAGUUGAAUUGGACUUCCCAUAUAAUGGCGUCUUUCCUGGGUUGAAGUAUCCGGCUGAUUACUUGCCACUUCUGGACAAGUAUCUCGCCUUAGUUCCAUUUCUGCUUCCGAAGGACACAAAUAGCCGUCUUAAUAAACCAACUCUUCGGCAUCCUGAUAUGAACCCAAACAAUAUCUUUAUUUCACCAGAGUCUGGUGCUGUGUCUUGUAUCAUUGACUGGCAGCACACCUUCAUUGAGCCACGCCUGUUGGCAGCUGGCUAUCCUCGUGCAUUUGAAAUCCCUGAUCUCCAACAGUCAACUGAUCUUAGAGAACCAUCACUUCCUUCGAACUAUGUGGCCCUGUCGUCCCAGGUAAAAGCCGAGGCGGAUGAACUCUACCGGCGACGUUUACUAUCUUAUUAUUACCAUAUCUUCAACGGUCAUUACAACAAACCCCAUCUUGAAGCUUUACGUGACCCCACUCUGCUUCCCCGGCAGCAUCUCGUUGAUAGGGCGGGCCGUCAGUGGAGUGGAAAUCUAGUCACUUUGAAGGGAGCUUUAGUCCGGAUGUUCUCAGCGGAAGAACUGAAUGACUCUCACGAUGAAGAACAAACAUGGCUCAAUCUGAACAAGGUGGUGAGUCAGUGGUAUGAUCAAGUCGGUGGUGUGUCCGAAGAGGGAUGGGUCAGUAACGAACGCUAUGAUGAGACUGUCCAGAGAGUUGCGGAACUCAAGUCUGCACUAAUAGCGAGUGCGGAAGGGGAUGAGGAAGACAUUCGGCUGUUGGAAGAAGGAUGGCUAUUUAGGGAUCGUGACGAAGUUUAUUAA